UCGCUCGGGGUGACCUUCGGGCGGCCAGGGACGGGGGGCGGAGAAUCGUGCGCCGGAGCUCUGUGACGAGGCGCCGCCGCGGCUCUGCGGGAACGGAGCUAGCGAGCGGAUUUGCAAGCGGGGGCCCUCGGCCAGGUCGGCCCGCGGAGCUCGCGAGGCCGGAGCCUGGAGCCCGGGGUUGGGGAGCCCGGUCUGGGGCUGGCGCUCGCGGGGGUAGGGGUGAGGUCCGGUCCCUAGCUCUGCUGGCGGCGUUCCAGCGCCCGGUGUGGAAGGCCUUUCCUGUGGAAGUAACACAAUGGCAGAAACUGCUUCUCCACUGAAGCACUUUGUGCUGGCUAAGAGGGCAAUUACUACAAUCUUCGACCAAUUACUGGAGUUUGUUACUGAAGGAUCCUAUUUUGUUGAAGCAACAUACAGGAAUCCAGAACUUGAUCAAGUAGCUACUGAGGAUGAUCUGAUAGAAAUACAGGGUUAUAGAAACAAGCUUUCCAUCAUUGGUGAGGUGCUGUCUCGGAGACAUAUGAAAGUGGCAUUUUUUGGCAGGACAAGCAGUGGGAAGAGCUCUGUUAUCAAUGCAAUGUUAUGGGAUAAAGUCCUCCCUAGUGGGAUUGGCCAUACAACCAAUUGCUUCCUGAGUGUUGAAGGAACUGAUGGAGAUAAAGCCUAUCUUAUGACAGAAGGAUCAGAUGAAAAAAAGAGUGUGAAGACAGUUAAUCAGCUGGCUCAUGCCCUUCAUAUGGACAAAGACUUGAAAGCUGGCUGUCUUGUACAUGUAUUUUGGCCAAAGGCAAAAUGUGCCCUCUUGAGAGAUGACCUGGUUUUAGUGGACAGUCCCGGUACAGAUGUCACUACAGAGCUGGAUAGCUGGAUUGAUAAGUUUUGCUUAGAUGCUGAUGUCUUCGUUUUGGUAGCAAACUCUGAAUCAACACUAAUGAACACGGAAAAGCAAUUUUUUCACAAGGUAAAUGAACGACUUUCCAAGCCUAAUAUUUUCAUUUUGAAUAAUCGUUGGGAUGCCUCUGCAUCAGAGCCAGAGUAUAUGGAAGACGUACGUAGACAGCACAUGGAAAGAUGUCUGCAUUUCUUGGUGGAGGAGCUUAAAGUUGUGGAUCCUUUAGAGGCACAGAAUCGUAUUUUCUUUGUUUCUGCAAAGGAAGUUCUUAGUGCUAGAAAGCACAAAGCACAGGGAAUGCCAGAAGGUGGUGGGGCACUUGCUGAAGGAUUUCAGGCGAGAUUACAGGAGUUUCAGAAUUUUGAACAAAUCUUCGAGGAGUGUAUCUCGCAGUCAGCAGUGAAAACAAAGUUUGAACAGCACACUAUCAGAGCUAAACAGAUACUAGAUACUGUGAAAAACAUAAUGGAUUCAGUAAACGUGGCAGCAGCAGAGAAAAGGGUUUAUUCAAUGGAAGAGAGGGAAGAUCAAAUUGAUAGACUGGACUUUAUCCGAAACCAGAUGAAUCUUUUAACACUGGAUGUUAAGAAAAAAAUCAGGGCAGUUACAGAAGAGGUGGCAAACAAGGUUUCCAGUGCAAUGACAGAUGAAAUUUGUCGACUCUCCGUUUUAGUUGAUGAAUUUUGUUCUGAGUUUCAUCCUACUCCAAGUGUAUUGAAAGUAUAUAAAAAUGAGUUAAAUAAGCACAUAGAAGAUGGUAUGGGAAGAAAUUUGGCGGAUCGGUGUACCAAUGAAGUCAAUGCUUCAAUGCUUCAGUCCCAGCAAGAAAUAAUUGAAAAUUUGAAGCCAUUACUUCCAACUGGUAUACAAAAUAAACUACAUACACUGAUUCCUUGCAAGAAAUUUGAUCUCAGCUAUGACCUAAAUUGCCACAAGUUAUGUUCAGAUUUUCAAGAGGAUAUUGUAUUUCGUUUUUCCCUGGGCUGGUCUUCCCUUGUCCAUCGUUUCUUGGGCCCAGUGAAUGCUCAGAGGGUGUUGCUAGGAUUAUCAGAACCCAUCUUCCAGUAUAUACCUAGGAAUGAAAUUGCUGGGCCAUGCGGUAACUCCAUGUUUAACUUUCUGAGGAACUGCCAAACUGUUUUCCAAAGCAGCUACACCAUUUUACAUUCCCACCAGCAGUAUAUUAAGCUUCCCAGAUCUUUAGCCUCUACUCCCACUGCUCCAACCAAUCCAGCAACUCCAGACAGUGCAUCACAGGAAGAACUCAUGGUCACCUUAAUAACAGGAUUAGCUUCUCUCACAUCUAGAACUUCUAUGGGCAUCAUAGUUGUUGGAGGAGUGAUCUGGAAAACUGUAGGGUGGAAACUCAUAUCUGUUUCAUUAAGUAUGUAUGGAGCUUUGUAUCUUUAUGAGAGGCUGACCUGGACCACACGUGCCAAGGAGAGAGCCUUUAAACAGCAGUUUGUGAACUAUGCAACGGAAAAACUGCAGAUGAUUGUUAGUUUCACCAGUGCAAACUGUAGCCAUCAAGUACAACAGGAAAUGGCAACCACUUUUGCUCGCCUGUGCCAACAAGUUGAUAUUACACAGAAACAUCUGGAAGAAGAAAUUGCUAGAUUAUCCAAAGAAAUAGAUCAGUUGGAGAAGAUACAAAACAAUUCGAAGUUCUUAAGAAAUAAAGCCGUUCAACUUGAAAAUGAACUGGAGAAUUUUACUAAGCAGUUUCUACAUUCAAGCAAUGAAGAAGAAUCUUAACAGUAGAGAUUGCUUUGGUGAUCAUCAUAGGAGAAAAUGGAACUUGGAAGAUUGGGACAGUUGUUUAUGAAAUGACUUUAAAUAUGAAUUAUACUAACUGUACCUAAAUAGCAAAUCCUUGUGUAGAUUCUGGUAAUUAUCUAUCUCAGGGUGUUUGCAUUUCUGAAGAGUGUUGUGAUGUAUUUUUAAUUUUAAUUUUGGGUAAAGAAAGGCUAAAUUGUGCUAAAAAUGAUGAAUUAGUUAAAAGCAACAGAACCAACUAUGUGACCCCUGAGGGGUGGGGCCUUGUUCUUAAUUAGGGCUCUCUUUGUUUUUGAUUCUGAAAAACUCUGCUUCCUGGCAUCCAGGAGUUAGAGAAUGCUCCUUUCAUCUUUUCUCAAAACUAAUUUUUGAUGCCCACCUUAAUGGGAGUAGUCAUUUGUUUUUGUUGUUUUAUAAACUGUAUUGCUCUAUCGAGGAGGAGUGUGGAAUGUUCUUGAGUGUAUUGUUGAUGCAAGUUACAAUCACUUUUGCCAUCCUGGCAGGUAUGUAAACCACUAAUACACAGUUUUUACUCCCUCUUUUUUCUCAUUAAAACUGAUGUAAAAUAGUAUAAAGGUUUGUUAUUAUAAAGUCUCUUUAAAAACUAUCUGGGUCUGAAUAAAUAGUUGCCUGAUCUGUUUCUAAAGAAGUACUUUCUGCUUCAGCUAUGAUUAUGGCCAAGAAAACCUUUCUAUCUCAGUUUUAGGAAUAAAGUUUGAAGUGAUAAAAAUAGCCCAAGAUAUGGGAGCUCUGAAUUUUCAGUGGUUACGGUCAUGUACAAAUGCUAUUCUUCAGAAGGUUUUUGCUGGGAAUACUGCUGGAUUGUCCCCCCAGGUGGCUUUUACUUUUAUUUAAUUGUAUGAAUUUGCCAGGGCACUGUUGAUAUUCUAACUUAAUGAAAUGUUCAUGAGUUCGA